AUGUCAUCAGCUCCUACUCCUCCCCCAGUACCUGAAGGCUGGGUUGCCCAAUGGGAUGAAGAAUACAAGAGAUUCUUCUUCGUUAACAAGGAAACUGGUGAAUCUCAGUGGACUCAUCCUGAAGAACAACAGGGCCAAAAUGCUCAAGUUACUCAAACACAGGUUGUGGAAACUCAGCGUAAAGACGAAGACGGUAAUGUAACCCAAACUACCGAGGUGACUCAAGCUGAAGGUGCUAAUGGAGAUAGAAGCCUUACCAGUACCUUAAUCAGUGCGGCAAUGCACAGUGGAAGUGGGGGCAACAGUUAUGGUAAGCAAUCUUCUGGGGCCUCUGGAAUUAUUGGAUCUUUGGUCUCUGCUGCUAUGGGAAGCGGAAAGAACAGCAGCAGCAGCUACGGAAAUAACAACUAUGGUAACAAUAAUUAUGGUAACAACAACUACGGUAACAACGGCGGCUAUAAUGCGCCAAACCACCCUCCAAGCAGUGGUGGUGGUUUGUUUGGCAACUACAGUCCACUGGGUGGAAAUGGUGGUGGCUACAACAAUAACUACGGUGGUGGCCAGCAUUCAAACUCUUCUGGAGGGCUUGGUGCCAUCGGUGGUCUUAUUUCGAGCCAGUUCAGUGGUAAUCACGGGGGCCAAGGCAACAACCACGGAAACAACCAUGGAAGUAGUGGUGGUGCAGGCUUCCUUGAAAAUAUGAUCCUGGGCGAAUUUAACAAGCAUGGUGGAAAUCAUGGUAAUAGUGGAAAUUAUGGGAAUAACGGCAACUAUGGCAAUUAUGGCAAUAAUGACAACUAUGGUGGUAAUCAUGGCAAUCAUGGUAACCACGGAAAUCAUGGUAAUCAUGGACGUUAUUAA